GGCAACCAUCCAAACGUCUACUAAUUUAGCGCGCUACGGAGGACUCUACCAAUCAACGACGCGCGCGCAUUCAACGGUACCAACACCCUGCAGUGCAGGGGAACAGGACUAGUAGCUACAGUAAAAAUAUGAAAUAAAGCAGACUUUUCAGCUCCUCAUCUUCGGUUGAUGGUCAACAUUUCAAAACUAAGAUUCAAGAGCUAGUCAAGAACAAGGCAUUAGGAUGGACUGGUUCCACUGUAACAGCUGCUUCCGAAGAGAGGGGCAGAACUUUGCUGUCUCCAGCUGUGGUCACAUCUGCUGUGAAGGCUGCAUCAACCCUAAUAAAAAACAUUGCACUGUGUGUGGAGCCAGCUGCAAUUACCUGGCCAUCUCAGACCAGAUGAAGCCUCAGGAGCAGGUGUUCUUCAAAGACCCUGUUAAGCUCAUUCAGUCUCGUCUGGAGCACAUAGCACAGAUUGCUCUAUUCCAGCGAAGGCAGAAGGAAAGGGUCAUUGUCUACUUCAAAAACAAAUCUAUGGAGCUGGAGAGGAGACUGAAGGAUGUCACAGAUCAGUGUUACAGGCAAGUUUUAGAGCUGAAAAGAGAGAAUGCCGAGUUGAAGAAACCUCUCUCUCAGAGGAGGGCAUCACCUGGACAAUUUCAAACAAAUGGCAGUGCCCAAAGGAUGUCUCUCCCAGUGGCUGUUACCUCCCCAGUCACCCCUCGCUCACGUCCUGUUAGCCACCAAGGCUUUGCUGAAACCCAGGAGAGAUUCAGAGAUAGAAACCCUAGGCUCACCCUCGCAACUCCGCCUGGUUCUGCCACAUCAAUCUCCAGCCUUGGCUCUCUGCACGAGCGUGGUGGCUUCAGGACUCCCACCAUUAUUAGCACUCCCACCCGGUCUGAGAAUCUGACUCCAAACAUUUUCCAGUUCUUGACUGGGUCAUUACUGCACUCCCCAAGGCCUUUCAGAAAUGGCCAGUAAACUGAAUCUGAUGAACAGCUGACCCCGAUCUCAGAAAGUGCAGGGAAGCAGUUUUUUUUAUUUACUUGUUUCGAGUGAUGCAGUUGUGCAAAUGUUAAAUUGAACAUAAUACAACAUUAAAAAGACAUGCUCCGGUACUUUGGCAAAUAAAGUAUAUAUAUAUUUUUUUAAACCUCCCGCUUUGGGAUGUGUCAAAGUGUAUUUCAUAUAUGCAUAAUCUAUGAGCAGAAUUACUGUCUUCAAUUCAAUUAGCCACAAAAUCCCUAGUUUGAAAAUACUUUUCUUGAAACUGUGCAGCACCAUUUCCCCUACAUUUCACCCCACGUGGGCCAGCCCCUUAACAAUUUGAGUUCUAGCCCUUGCAUUGAGUGGAAGCUAGCAAGAGGCCUGCCCAGCAUUAUCCAAUGAGGUUGCAGGACGGGCCCAACAACUCAGGGGAAACAGAGAGCAAUGAGGUGGUGCACAUAUGUGACGUAGUAUGCAAUUUUCAGGGACCACUUUUGGCUUUGGAGUGUUACUUUCACAACUACUAGAUAUAAAAGAUACAAAAGUACUGGAGAAUCUGACUUUUGAAAUGAGUGCCAUGUGUCCAGUUAAGUAGAACAUUGAAAAACUGUUCACAACUACAAUUAAAGGGAUUGGCAACUGAGAAUAGUGUUCAGACAAACAUUUCUCCUUCAGCAUUCUUGUACUUUGUAAUGUUCUCAUAGCUAAUAGAAAAAACAUAUACACUGUAGAAAAUGUUGCUUAAUGUUGAUUAAAAUACUUUUACUCGUAUA